AAAUAAAAUAUCCAAGCCGAUCCGGUAGCGAUGGUUUUGGCGGCUGUUGUGGUUUGCUCUGUCCUUUGUUUGGUGCAGAAAUCACCUAAUGUAUACGUUGUCCGUCGUGUUCAUGCGUCUGAAAACAAGAUGAAGCCGUCAACUGUCACUCCGCCUUUUGCAAUUGUGCAUUUUGUGUUGCGCAAUGAAGUCGAAGUUAUCCCGUGCUCGUGGCUGUCCGGGAAUACAUGCAUGUGGCCAAACUUACCAAGCCACAAAGUCGAAAAGCUCAUAAGAAAAGGAUGUCCUCCUGGAAGUUCCUGCCAAGAACUUGAGGUGGAAGUGAAAGGAAUCUUCAAAUGUUACGAGGAUGCCAGAAAGAUGCUUCCCGUUUCCGAAUAUACCUCUGACCUCGUGGAUGAACUACCCCCAAAGAGGAUCAGACGUCCCAAGGUGUUCGAAAGUUCUUCAGAUGACGACUUCCCUUCGGUUCCUCCAAGCUUUGCAGCCAGGGAAAAGUUGCUUCCCAAACGCACACCAGUGCAUGCUGUUACCUUGGGUGACUCCGAACCUUCUACCCUUGUUGAUCACAGGGAUUCAUCUGUGACAGGGACACAUCGUGAGCACUGUCCAGGUCCAGCGGACUUUGAAGAAUAUUCGGAACUAGAGGGAGCUUCGUUCAGAACUGGUUGUGCAGGCGAUUCACCACCAAUCACUUGUAACCAACGAAGUAGCCAGGUUCCACAACGACAGCUACAUACCGAACCAGCACAUAGUGGAGCAAGAACUUUACCGGCAGCCAGUACAACUACUCGUUCACAAACGCAGGCAAUGCCAGACUGCGAGUUCCAAAGACAGGUCCUCAAGAGCCUUAACAUACUCCGUAUGGCUAUGCAGCAACAUAGUGAACUCCUAUCAAGUCUAGUUCCCCAGCAAUCUAGUCUCGUUGAGGCUCCGUUGCUCCUGUCAGAGCCACUUGACUCUGUAGAGGAUGUUGACAACUUCGAACGGCAACUCACACCUGAUCGUCAAAAACAGUUGGUGACUGAGCUAAUGUUGCUGGGAGGAAGCUCCCUGAAAUGUGCAGUCAAAAGGAUUCUAUCCCACAUGUUCACAGACAAACUUGCACAGCUUUACAGCUGGGAAGGAAGAAAAGGAAAAUUUAAAUUUGUGGACCUUACUUUGCCAGGUCUAAUCUUACGUGCCCUUCACGCACAGAAAAAGUUUUCGAAAGUAACAGAGUUCGAGGUGCAGGUAGUUGCCAAAGAAUGGCUGAGGCAUGCUGGUGACAGGUGUAAAAGAGCCAAAAGCAUCGAGUCUGCAGUUGCGUAAACUGCCUCAGGAGGCUACUGCGUGGGCUGCCCCAGGAAUCUACUGCAUGAACUUCCCCAGGAACAAACUGUUAGCCACACCACAGCGGCGGGGUGCCCUACUGUUCUGAGACAAGGUGGAGAAAAUCACCAAAGAAUAAGUGGUUGUGUGGUGCCCUAAGAACAGUGGACAAGCAGUGGUCUUAAAAAAACAGCUGAUGUUGUUUGCAGCGGUUCAGUACAUUCAGUGGUAUCUUUCUUGUUUUGUCCAGUUACAUAUGGCUAAUUAGUACUCAUUGUGUGUUUUGAAUGAUAUAUUGGUCUGAAUGCCUUGUCAAUUGAAAAGUUGCAGCUCACAGACACCACUAAGGUGACUCCAAUUCUGCCAACUUGUCUGUACUUGAUUUUUUUUUUUUUUUUUCAAAAAGCUUUUGAAUGAACACUGAUUAGAAGUGUAACUCUCACCUUAUAAUUUACAACUGCAAAAUAAUUCUGCUGCGUGAAAAAACAAUAUGUGCCACAUAACUGCCAAUGCAUGAUCUGCUUGUGGACUUUUACUGCAGUGUUUAUUCUAGCAAAGGAUACCUUUGAAUGUGUUAAUAAGAUGGUCGACCUCCCCAUUUUUUUCUUUCAAACAUAUAUUAAAGCCUUGUCCCUAGGAGGCAUAUAG